CCGCCGGCGGUCGCAGGGAGAGCAGGCCGGGCAUCAUGGGGGAGAGUGCACUGGAGCCGGGGCCGGCGCCCGGAGCGCCGCCGGGGGGCCCAGUGCACGCCGUGACGGUGGUGACCUUGCUAGAAAAGCUGGCCACCAUGCUGGAGGCGCUGCGGGAGCGGCAGGGGGGUCUGGCGCAGAGGCAGGGCAGCCUGGCCGGCUCGGUGAGCCGCAUCCAGAGCGGCCUGGGCGCGCUGAGCCGCAGCCACGACACUACGAGCAACACGCUGGUGCAGCUGCUGGCCAAGGCGGAGCGCGUGGGUUCGCACGCCGAUGCUGCCCAGGAGCGCGCGGUGCGCCGCGCCGCCCAGGUGCAGCGGUUGGAGGCCAACCACGGGCUGCUGGUGGCGCGCGGGAAGCUCCACGUCCUGCUCUUCAAGGAGGAGGCUGAAAUCCCACCCAGAGCCUUCCAGAAAGCGCUGGAGCCUGUAGGCCAGGUGGACCAGUCUGAGCUCAGCCCAGAGCAGCCGGAGGCCGAAGUUGGGGGGAGUUCCGAUGAGGAGCCGGUGGAAUCCAGGGCUCAGCGGCUGCGGCGCACUGGGUUAGAGAAAGUACAGAGCCUGCGAAGGGCCCUUUCCAGCCGAAAAGGCCCUGCAGCGCCAACGCCCACGCCUGUCAAGCCACCUCGCCUCGGGCCUGGCCGGAGCGCUAAUGGCCCGCCGGAAGAAGCCCAGCCUGCCCUGGAGUCCGAGCUGCCGCCAGAACCUCCGCAGGACACAGAGGAAGAUGCCGGGAGACCUGGGGCUGCCGACUUGGCUGUGCUUCAAAUAGAGAGUGCGGCCUGAUGGCUGCUGCGGCCUGCCUGCCCUGUGCCUGUGCCUAGUCCCAAAAUAAAUCUUCCUUUCAGAAUGCAGCAUUCACGCCCAAAUAAGGAGUGAGUCCUGCAACCACAGCCCAGCUCUGGCCCUCCCUUCCCAGCUUCUGCCCAGCACCCUGUGUCCUAGGAGCAGCCACUCACACCUGCCAUCACCAUCAAUA